AAUAGUACUCUGUGUUAAUUAAUUGGUGGUCAAUUUGAAAUCAUCGAAUUAAGUUGCUUAAUUAAUUAAUUAAUUACUCAAUUAGGAGGAGAAUGUCUUCACGAGAAAUCACAACGAUGGAAAUAGGUGAGAGUUCGACAAGCGACAGAACCUGGGGACUCUGUACUUCAUCCGAGACCGAUCAGCUCAUUCAAAAGGUGAUUGCUGAAUUCAUUGGGACAUUCUUCUUGAUAUUUGCUGGGUGUGGUUCAGUUGCUGUCAAUAAGAUAUACGGUUCAGUAUCAUUUCCAGGGAUUUGUAUGGUUUGGGGUUUGAUAGUAAUGGUCAUGGUUUAUUCUGUUGGUCAUAUCUCCGGCGCCCACUUUAAUCCGGCAGUGACUCUCACUUUUGCAAUCUAUAGACAUUUCCCUCUCAAACAGGUGCCUCUGUAUGUCAUAGCGCAGAUGUUAGGUUCAAUUCUUGCUAGUGCCACGUUAUGCGCUGUUUUUCCAGUCGACAAGAAGUCUUUCUUUGGAACAGUACCUGUUGGAUCCAAUAUUCAGGCUCUUUUCAUCGAGAUCAUCAUCUCCUUUCUUUUGAUGUUUGUUAUUUCCGGUGUUUCCACAGAUACUAGAGCUAUUGGAGAAUUGGCAGGGAUUGCCGUGGGAAUGACAAUAACCUUAAAUGUCUUCGUUGCCGGGCCAGUAAGUGGUGCAUCGAUGAACCCAGCCAGGAGCAUAGGGCCAGCUCUGCAAGUGCACAUAUACAAGGGACUGUGGGUAUAUCUUGUAGGGCCACCCGUAGGAACCAUACUUGGUGGUUUAGCCUAUAACCUCAUUAGAUUCACAGACAAACCCCUCCGGGAGAUAACCAAGAGUGGAUCCUUUCUCCGGAGCAUACCCCGAUAAUUCCUGCAUGUGCUACGUACCUAGCAGCCUGUGCUCCCUACAAAUUAUCUUGACACUAACUUGUUUGUCAUGCCACCAUCGAUCCUAGUAUAUAUAUAUAGCUUGUAUUAAUUAGGCUGGAGGAGGUAAAGAAAAACUUAAUUUAAUUGAUGAACUAAAGGUAGAGAAGUAGGUCGAUCGAUCGUUCGUUUCAAAGUUAAUUGUAAUAUGAAAUGUUAUGCAUGUCCCAUGUGUAUAUGUGUGUGUGUGUGUAUGAGCUACUCCAUCCAAAUUAAAUGUUUGAACAUUGCAUUUUGUUUA